AUGCCGCCAAAAUCACUACGCUUCGUCCGUCACGCCCAAGGAGAACACAAUGCAAAACACGACGACAGUAUCCCCGAUGCCAUCUUGACUCCUCAUGGAAAGUCACAAUGCCACGAUCUCAGCACUUCAUUUGCUCACCACGACUCUGUGGCAUUGAUUGUGUCUUCACCUCUGCGUCGUGCACUCCAGACUUCCGUGCAUGCUUUUGCACCUGCUUUGCAAAAAGAAGGAGUCAAGGUGCUGCUGCAGCCAAUGGCGCAGGAAAUGAAUGCUUAUGCUUGUGAUAUUGGCACUGAUAGAGAGGAACUGGAGAGACAGGUCAAGGCCGGAGAGCUCUGGGAUGAGGGACUGUAUGUUCCAAGCGAGAAAGUUGACUUCAAUUUGGUGGAGGCGGGAUGGAACUCCAAGGAUGGCAAAUGGGCACCCGAUAGAGCGACGAUUCAGAAACGUGCCGCAAAGCUGCGCUCGUGGCUCUUCAACCGCAAAGAAGAGGUCGUGGUUGUCGUCUCGCAUGGAGGCUUUUUGCAUGCGCUGACAGAAGACUGGACUGGCUUCAACGCUUCCGCUGGUACUGGAUGGCAGAAUUGCGAGAUCAGAGAGUUCGUGUUUACCGAAAAAUCGACACAGAGUAGUGCGCAUGUCGUCGAGAAGGCAGCGCUGGCUCCGAAGCCGAAAGGAGCAGAGAAGGAACCUCAGGUUGUCAAGGAGGUCGAAGAUGUGGGUCUGCCGGACCAGUAG